GGCGUGGUUAGCGGGAUGCCGAUUACCAAUACUUACCGUAGGUAUACGCCUGAUGCAACUUUUGGGCUUGUUGCAAACGACUCUGUUCCCAUAAAAUACAUUAAGGACACUCAUGGGAAGUCUGGAAAGUGCUGCGUUACUGGGACCGGCUCGUCAGUUUCUGUUUGGAACCUUCGCACCUCCCUUCCCAAUGAGGAAGCAUCGUUCCGUGCAGGAUCUCACCGAGUUACAUCUCUAGAUCUAUCCAGCUCCUGCGUUGCUUGUGCAGCGGAAUCUGAAUUGCAUGUCAUGGACAUUGUUUCGGGCGGAGGCUUUCGCUUAAAAGGUCAUAGGGGCGCCAUAACUUCAGUAAAACUCUUGCAACAUAGAAAUAUGUUGAUAUCAGGCGGGCGUGACACCUUCAUAAAAUUUUGGUGUCUGAAAACACAACAUUGUUUUCUUACUCUUACCGGGCACCCUGGUCCCGUGUGGGAUUUCGCUUUAUCUGUCGACCAGAAAACUCUCAUUAGUGGGAGCUCUGAUGCUUCUUUGCGUCUCUGGAAGAUUAAGUAUAAUAACCGCGCUACCGACCGAAGCGAAAGCGACUUCCUUAGUAAGCCCGACGUUGAACUGCGUGCUAAAGACAAUCUUGCACAAGCCCUUCCACUGACAGACUAUAGCUCAUUGUUAGAAAUAGACUUCCGUGGUACCAUUCCUCGAAAGUCUAUCAGACGCGUGUUCUCCUUGACUUUCGACCCAAGUGGCCGUUAUUUAGUCUCCCAGACCCUAGACAAGACUCUGGAAAUAUAUGUCGUGCUUUCUGAAGCCGAACGCCAGUCGCGUCUAAGGAAGAAGCAGAAGAAGGCCAGGAAAACAGGAAACUCGGACCCAUCGUCGGUGGAGUUGAAAGCCGAAGAUGAAGUGCGAUGUAUUUUCAGGAUUUCCCUUCCCACCAAACUUUCUUCAUGCGAUCUCCGAUUGUCACAUUUCAAUGUCAGAAAUCCCCAGAACUCCGCCGCUAACAGUGAAGGCCAGCUUCGCAUCACGAUCUUGCACGUACCAUCGUCCAUUGGUGUUUCUUUUGUAACUCUUAAGCUUCUCUGCUCAUACCGGAACAAUUUGGUGGAGGAGUUCAGUCUGAAGGUUCCGCCCACACUCCCGACUCGGCCGAUAUUCCUUAGUGGUGGUCGAGUGGCAAAAAUGCACGAAAGAGGAAACGAGCGGGCGGUGGAGUCAGACAGCGAGCUGCGCCUCUCCAGUCGCAUCUCCAAUCCCGGCCACCGCUCGUACCCUCUUGGCUGUCAGAUCACUGAAGACGGCUCUGGGGUUUUCACCUUGGCGCGUAGCGAGGGCAAGUUGUGGAACCGCGAAAAUCUCUCCUGUCUGGCAACAAUAGACUGGAGCUCUGUAGAACUGAAAAGCACCAAGUCUUCGCUCGUUGACGAAUCGGAUGCAGACGAGGAAGAAGGGAAGUCGAGGGGAACCGCAGACUGGAAGAGGGAUCCAUUGAAGGCGUUGAAAGCCUCGGCAUUUGUGCUGGCCCCUGGCAAUCGACAUGUUGUCAUUGGAUUUGAGUCUGGAGUAAUCUGCUUGUUCGACUUGCUUUUGAAGAGGUCGAUUCAGACCGUAGACGAUGCCCAUGCCGGUGCGGUACGAAGCCUCAUUCUCACAGGUGAUCGUAAAGGCGUUAUUUCAGGCACUGCAAAUUCCAAAGUGGGCUUCUGGAAUUUCGACUUGGAACUGGUCCCCAGAAGUGCGCCCCGCCUGUGCCUGAAGGCAGUUCGUCAGCCUGAAUCGGUCACCGACCAGGUGACGGCUUUAGCCGCCACCCCCGACAACCGACUUAUCGCCGUAGCCAUGGUCAACCUCCAUGUUGACGUCUACUUCGCGGACUCAUUCAAGAGAGUGCACAGCCUCUACGGGAUGUCCGCGCCGGUGACGUGCAUGGACGUCUCAGACGACAGCCGUCUGCUCAUUACAGGCAGUGGCGACAAGACCGUUCGUCUGUGGGAGCUGCAGUUCGGCAACUGCUUGCGUCGCUUUGUGGAACACACCGACCCGAUCACAGCCGUGAAGUUUAUGCGCAGUUCCACUCUCGCCUUCUCGGCUGAUCUUGGCGGUGUAAUUCGCGAAUGGGACGUGAAGAAGCUGCAGGAGGUCUGCACACUAAAGGGUCACGAAGGUGGUGUUACUGGUCUCUCAACCCUCCCCACUCGACCAGGCCUCGGGAAACAAAUGAAAGACAACCGUUCUCGUUCUCAGCCCAAGCGUGGCCGACGAGAAGCCGAUAAUGCGGAUGACGAAGACGCCGACGACGAUGACUUCGAGGCGGACGUGUGCGGAGGCGUUGUCGUUUCAACGGGGCGUGACUUCUCCUGUCGGGUCUGGCUCGAGUCCGAGGAGCUGUUGGUGCUGGAGGAGGAGGCGGAGUUGGCUCGGGAGGCCGCGGAGGACGAACUGGAACUGGGUCGUUCCGAGGCUGUCGUUCCUGGUGCAGUCGCACCUGACGCUGGAGAAACUGGCCCCCUAGGCCGUCCUACUGUGACCACUCGAAACGCCGCAGAUUCUCUGAUGGAAGCCAUAGACAUCUACAGCAGCCAGACUCAGAGCCAGGAAUCAGAGCCGCCACACCCUCUGAUGGUGGCCUACGGAACAGCCAACGAUCCCGACCGCUUCCUCUUCACCGUCUUCUCCGCCCUCCGUCUGCCCGGGAGUGCUGGAAUGGCUGGCAUGGAGCACGCACUCGGAUCCCUCCACAGUGACCACGUCAAGCGCCUGCUUCCGCGUCUCGCCGCCUGGCUGGAGCGCGGUUGGGACGUGGAGUUGUGCGGACGCGCCAUCCGCUACCUCUGCACUCUUCACGCGGGCCUAGUCACCACCGAUGCCAAUCUGGCCAGCACUCUGGCCGCCGCCCAGGCAGCCAGGCAGUCGUAUCUGUCGCGGACAAGAAAAAUGCUCGGAAUGAAUCUGGCGGCGCUGUCGUUUUUGCAGCAAAAGAUUGAAGAGGAGGACCAAGUCUCCCUGUUUAGCGAGGCCACCGACCAACGCGCGAAACGCGCCAAGAAGAUCAAAGAACGCUUGGCCCAAAGGGUCGCCAUUGCAACCGGAUAA